AUGGAUCUUCACAAGGAGAAUCACCCGACAUCCUCGACCUCGACCUCGACCUCGACCCCGACGCCGAAACAAAACCCGACCUCCAAGAUCCCAUACAACUACUGGCAAAUCAACGCCCCUCCCUCUUCUAUAUACCACCCAUCCCAUGCCUCAUUUUCUUCAUCAAGCAAAGAAUGCCCUCCCUUCCUCCUCCGCACCGUCCUCCCACCUAAAGACCUCAUCACCAUCAGCACCCCCAACCAUUUGUAUAAGCUCGAUACCUGGCCGGAAGUAGUCCAGCGCGUGCGAGAAAACAAGCUGGCAGAUUUUCAGAGAACGCCGGCGGAUAUGUGGCGGUAUUUGGAGUUUUGUUACAACAUAAAACAGGAGUGGAAAGGGGGGGUUAAGGAGUUUAUACUUACGAGACGACUCAAAUGGGAGUGGCCGGGGCCGGUGGUGGCUAAGGGAACGGGAUUCUACGAGGGUUGUGAAGAGAGGGGGGAUGUCAAGAUUUUAUGGAAUGAUUGGCCUUAUGGGAUCGAUGAGAGGAUUGUUCACCUUGUGGUGUGGACAAAGUUUGAGCUGGAGGAUGAUCCUGCGACGGGGGAUUUGACGGAUGAGGCGAGGGGAGAGAUUGAUGAGUAUGUUAAGAUGACUUUUGGGGGGAAGGUACCUGAGGAACAUAUCAUCUGGUUCAAGAACUGGGCUCACAUCAAGUCGGUAAAAGCCGUGGAACAUUUCCACGUCAUGCUAUUUGACCCAGACCCCGAGUUUGUGAAGGAGAUCACGAACGGUGAUGUCCCCCUUGGUAUCAUACAGACGAAAUAA